AUGACUCAGGUCUUCGUUUACGGCACCCUGAAGAAGGGGCAGCCCAACAAUUACCGCAUGUUCGACAAAAGAAACGGAAAAGCUGAGUACCUGGGUUUGGCGUUCACCACCCAGAAAUACCCGCUUGUGAUCACCACCGAAUACAACAUCCCUUUCCUGCUCAACAUCCCUGGCCAGGGUCACCGAGUGCACGGGGAGAUCUACAAAGUGGAUGACCAGAUGCUGAAAUUCCUGGAUGAUUUUGAAAGUGUCCCAACGUUGUACCAGCGGACGGUGGUUCAGCUGGAGGUGAAAGAGUGGGUGGGGAAGACGGAAGGAGAGGAGAAACUGUCACCGGGGAGCAUCACGGAGGUGUUUGUGUACACCACCACGACGUACGAGCCAGACUGGCCCUCGCUGCCGUGCUACGAGAGCUACGACUCAGAGGGAGAUCAUGGGCUCAAGUAUAAUUAUAAAGAAUAG